AUGAUUAGAGCAAUUCAACUAAUUGUUGAUCAAUCAGUCAAUAUUGUUCAAGAUGUAAAAUAUCGAUUAAAACAACAUGUUGAUUCACAAUUUAAUUUAAUUGUACCAACUGAACAAAUACAUUUUGGUUGUGGUUAUAUUUCAUUUAUAGGUGAAAGAUUUAAAAUAGGAAAUCCAUCAUUAGAUUCAAUAUCUAUUCUUGGCUGCAAUAUUAAUCCAUCAGAUAAUAAUACCGGAUUUUAUAUAACUCCAAUACGUAAUGCAAUGUGUGCAUUUAAUCCUCAACAUGCACAGGGUAUGACACAUGCAUUACGACAUGCAAGUGAGUUAGGAAAGAUGUUUGACGAACAGUGUCAUAAAUUAGAAGACAUAUCUUAUAUUUUUAGUCAACGUGUUUCAGCCAUUAUGGAAGAAUGUUGGCUUGCUUCAACAAUAAGUGAUUGGAAAACACCAACAUUAAAAAUCAUAAAAAAUUGA